AUGUCAGGCCUGCGCACACGUCAGGCACCUCCACGUCGUGACCCUAAAGUCCAAGCCCUUGCUGUGUCACAGCCUGCGUGGAAGCUGCAGGAGCCCUCGGGCUGUAUAAAUAGUGCUGGGAGCGCCGGCUCUGCAGCUACCGCGGCACUGGCAGCACAGGAGUCCCCAGCACUCAGGAUGGCGCCCAAGGCGGCCGCCCUUGUCCUGGUUCUCCUGGCGAUCUCAGGCUCCCGGGCUGAUGUGAACCCUGACGAGGUGGCCAGCGUGAUCUGGAAGUACUUCACGGAGCUGGGCAGCAAUGCCAAGGACACGGCGGAGCAGCUGCACCAGAGCGAGCUCAGCAAGCAGCUCAACACCCUGCUGAAGAGCAACCUGCAGAGCGUCAGCGCCUACGCCGAGGACCUGCAGCAGCGCCUGGAGCCCUUCGCCAUGGAGCUGCACGCCAAGCUGGCGCAGGACUCGCAGCGCCUCAAGGAGCAGAUCCAGCGGGAGCUGCAGGAGCUGCAGGCCAAGCUGGCGCCCUACGCCGACCAGGUGCACCAGCAGAUCGGCACCAACAUCCGGCAGCUGCAGGCCAGGAUGGGCCCGUACGCCGAGGAGCUGCGCUCGCAGGUGGAUCGCAGCGCCGGCGAGCUGCGGCGGGCGCUGGAGCCCUACGCGGCCGAGCUGCGGGAGCGCCUGCAGGACAACGCCGAGAGCGUGCAGGCCUCGCUGAGCCCCUACGCCGAGCGCCUGCAGCAGCAGAUCGACGGCGGCGUGGAGGGCGUCAAGCAGCGGCUGUCGCCCGUGGCGGACGAGCUGAAGGCACAGGUGGAGCAGAGCGUGGCCGAGCUGCGGCGCGGGCUCAGCCCCUACGCGCAGGAGGUGCGGGACGGGCUGGAGCGGCAGCUGCAGAGCCUGAGCGCGCAGAUGGAGCGGGCGGCCGAGGAGCUGCGGGCCCGCCUGGCCGCCAGCUCCGAGGAGCUGCGCGCACAGCUGAGCCCGCUGGCCCGGGAGCUGCGGGAGGCGGCGAGCGGCGACGCCGAGAGCCUGCGGCAGCGCCUGCAGCCCCUGGCGCAGCAGCUGGAGCAGCGCCUGGGCCAGAGCCUGGAGACCUUCCGGCAGCAGGCGGCUCCCUUCGGAGAGACCUUCGGGCAGCAGCUGGUGCAGCGGCUGGAGGAGAUGCGCGGCAAGCUGGACUCGGGCGCGGCCGGCGUGGAGGAUCACCUGGAGCUGCUGGAGAAGGAGGUGCGGGACAAGGUGGCCGCUUUCCUCAGCACCGCCGCGCCCCCGCAGAACUGA